AUGUCUUCAAGUUCAGAAAAAGAGAACUCAACAACGCCGGAAACAGACUCCAGGGUACGGCAGUUCCACACUCGAAGUCGAACAGGCUGCUCCAAUUGCCGGACCCGCCGGAAACGAUGUGACGAGCAGCGACCGCAAUGUCACAACUGUGUCAAGGGUCAGAGGACCUGUGUUUAUGCGCCCCCGAAGAUUCCAUUAAGGGAACGAAGGGCGCAGCAGAAGGAGGCUCGUCCGUGGGAUCAAACGCCCUGGGAGAUUGAGCAGCAGCCCAAACCCAAGGACAUCGCUUUCUUGAAGAAGCCGAAUGUUCCUCCUCGAUUGAGUCGCCUGAAUCAUGAUACAGGGUUUAAUAGGUUGGCUGUUGCCAUGCCGCUCAAAUCUCACGAGUUGUUUCAAUACUUAUACCUGUCGAUCUCGACAUCCGUCGCUCACCAAAAUAGUCUCGCGCGUAUGAUAGAUAACCCAUGUGGACUCCGAAGUGCCAUUCUCAUGGCCGGCAUGCAUUUCUCUUUCCAAUUUGGCGACCUCGCUAUAUUCGAGUCCACCUUCCUAUAUCACAAAAUCGAGGUUAUGCGUGUCAUCAAUCGAUGGAUCGCAUCAGGAGACUAUAAACUCGAAGCUGCGAUUAUUAGAGAAAUGGCCACCUUGGCUUUCACAGAGGCAUGCCAUGGAGAGCUCGUUGCUGCCGAGACUCACAUCAGUGGCAUUCUGGCGCUGAUUGAAACUGCCCGACCUGAUAAAAGUGAUCCGACACGCUCUGAUUGCUGUUCCACUGACCGAGAACUAGCUAACCGUUAUUUCGUCAUGUCCUAUGUCUACAUCACCGGCCUCAAGAGUUUACUGAGUGGAAUCUGUCGAACUGGCGGCCACGGUAGGAGUCUCGAUGUUGUACCGGGUCGAGAUCUUCUCAAGCUAUCGCAUACAUGGCACAUGAGUGAAGCCAUGGAGAACUUGGAUCUCAAACUACAAGCUAUUCGUCUGUUCCCAUUCUUCUUCUGCCCACUGCCGCAGGGAGCACGACUCAACAAUGCCGACGGACAAGUUAUCAUCAACUCAAUACGAGACUUUACGGCUGCGCAGGAUCGUAUAUUCAAAGAUACAGGUAAAGAGACAGCUGAUGGAAAGUUCGACGGGUUUUGGCGGAGAGGUCCCGCAUCGAGGGUACUGGGAGAAUAUGUCACUGCACAUAUCGAAUCUAUUUCCGUACCGGGAAAGAAGGAGAAGACUUCCGAUAUGACUCCGUCAUCUUUCGUCGGGCCAUGGUGUGGAUUGACUAUUGCCUCUAUCUUCUAUAUGCAAGAUGUUCUCGGGGCGCUAGAGUACGUCGACAAACGGAUUCACAAAUACGCCGUUACAUUAUUGCAGCACGAUGUUGCCAAGGUCCUUAAUUCAAAGGACAGACGCAAGAACGAAGCGUUUGUGCUGUGGCAGGCAUUGCUAGGGCUUCUAGGCUCCUUACGCGCUCUCAAAGAUACUGAGCACGACAAAGGAUUGGUAUCCGCUAGAAGUUUCUUUGAGCAAGCCUUGAAGCGGCAAGCAAGGACUUUGGGUAUCGUGACUUGGUCACAAGCAAAGGGGACACUACGGAGGGUAGCUUGGCCGAUGGGGACUGCUAGUCAAGAGUUUAUAGAGGAGCUAUGGGAAAAGAGUAUUACUAGUAGAGGUUAA